GUGGACAAGAGAGCAGAGAAUGUCCUCCCAGGUACACCAUCACUUUUACAGCUUCAAGUAAGACACACUGAGUACUGAUGCUGUUUGUAUGUUGCUUUGGUCAGGUCCAGAAAUUCAAAAAGUUAAAACUGUGGUAUAAAUGUUUGGAAGAGUAUGCCUUGGGUCUUCGAAAAGCAAAAGAGCCAGUCCUAUACAGGGCCAGCAUAGAGUUUAAAUUUUUUGAUUGACUCUUUCACUCCUGAAGUGGUAAAAGUAAAGACUUCAGCUACUUUUAAAAGAUACUACUAUUCACAAGUUCCUACGAAGACGAUUCAUUUGAACAGUAACACCAAAUUUUGGAUUUUGUACACAGAGCUAGGGGUUUAUUUGCAAAGUCAUAAAAAAGUUAACUUAUCCAGACUUGUCAUUUCUGCAAGUAGGAGAAAGUCACUUCCAGACUCAGCUCUUAUUGCCUACCCAACUAGAGAUCAUACUUACUAUAUAUCAAAGUAAAGCACCACCUUUUUAACUGGUAAGACUUACCAAGUACGAAAACACCUACAGGGCUUGACACUUACGGUAGCCAAGUAGCCACAGACUAGUAGAAAUUCAGUUUUGGUUAGUAGGUUUUCGAUUUCCACUACCCACUUUAGCUAGAAAACAAAAUGAAAUUGAUCGACCUACACCACUCUCAAGGAAGACAUCUUGCAAUUUCAUUGUGGACAUAUCAUGUUAUUAGGCAUGUGCUGUUCAGCAUGUAUGCAAAUUUAUCAGUGGCAUGUAAAUGGGUUACUGAACAUGUUAUCAUGUUGACAGAAAUAUUUGACAAACAAGACAGGAUUUUCUGACAGCGCACAUUGAUGUUCUUUUUCGUUACGAAAUCAGUAGAACAAAACAUGAGUUUUCUGAUAAAAUCAUGCAAAAAAUCGUGCGGAAAUAAAAGAACAACAUUUCCUUUACCUGACUAGACUUGACGUGCUCGUUCACAUGAGACAAGCUCCCACUUCACGCAAACACUUUUAAAACUUAUAUUGAAUUUACUAGUAUAAAUAUGUUUGCCAAGGCAUCAUUAUUAAGAAAUUUCACGCAGAGUUUCACAGCAUUGCCAAUGCUUUCCAAACGUUUGUACGGCGGCCAUUUGUGAAAAAGUCUCGACAGUUCUUACCAUGACGUCUCCGUGUCUUGAUAUUUUUCCAAGAAGUCUUGAAGAAAAAGAGAGUCCUGAAAGUCUUUACAGGAAAAUCGCUGGAUUUUACUUUGUGAUCUGUCGGCCUGACAGAUUUGAUGUGAGUGAAACUCCGAGCCAUUGAACAAAAUAUUUAAAUUAAAACUGGCGCAAUUCCUUGAGAUGAUUUUGGUUUGCUGUGUUUAAACCUGUCAAGCGUGACACAAGGUGUGCCCACUAUGUGUCAAGUGGUUUCAGAUGCAAAUUCUUUUGUUUUUCUCAAAAUUCCAUAAUGGAUAUAAGAAGAUUUGUUAAUGAUGGGGAAAAAGGCAAAGACAAUAGUUCUGAGAAGAAAAGACCUGCUGAAGAGGGCACAAGUGCAAGACCUCCACCGCCAAAGCGGAAAUUUCAGCAAUUGUGGAAAUGCAACUUCCCAUGGGUUAUUCACCAAGAUGGAGCAAUGUUUUACACGUGGUGUGUUGAAAAAAAUAAUCUGUCCAAUUACUCAUCAGCGUUCAUCACAGGUGGCCGUUCUAAUUUUUGCUCAGAAUCUCUUAGGAGCCAUGCAGGAUCUGUUGGUCACAAAAGAGCGGAAGAUUCUUUUCGUAUUGCAGCCAAUCCACAAGAAACAGCUAUUCCUCGCACCUUGAGGCAGUUAGACAAAGAAGCCGUUUCAAAGCUUGAAAAACUGUUUGACAAUGCAUAUUUCGUAGCAAAAUUAGAGAUGCCAUUCACGACUUACCCUCACCUCUGUCAACUUGAACAGAAGCAUGGAAUUGAGCCUUGGCAAACCUACAGAACUGAUAAGGCUUGCAAGAGUUUUAGAAUGGCAAUAUCCAAACUCUUUAAGAGUGAACUUGAGGAGCAAGUACAAAGGGCAUGUUUUUUAAGUAUCAUGACAGACAGUGCUACAGAUGCAGGUGUUCGCGAGGUUGAAGAUAUGUAUGUUCACUUUUUGAAAGAUGAGGAAGCAGUCAACGCAUUUGUAGGGCUCAAAUCCUGCUCUAAUGCUAAAGCUCCAGGUAUUACUGAAGCUGUUAACAGUGCAAUGACUGAUGUCUGAAAAUUAGACAGAAAAAGCCGUUGCCCUAGGGUCCGACUGUGCAUCUGAAAUGGCUGGAGACAUGGGUGGGAGUCUAUGCCCUGCUGAAAAGAGAUAUUCCCCAUCUGAUCAAGGCACACUGUGUUGCUCAUCGAUUAGAGCUUGCCUUUUCGAAUAGUGUCAAGGUACUUCCACCGUUAGAGGAGGCCAAGGAUAUGUUGCACAGAAUAUGGAAACAUUACCAUUAUUCACCUAAAUCAGUGCAUGAAUUAAAAGAGUUGGCUGAGAGCAUGCAGGUGAAGGCUUACAAAGCAGUGAAGGCAGAUGGCACCCAUUGGGUUCCUCCCUUAAAGAGAGCUCUGGAUAUUCUUCUUUUGAAGAAUUACUACACGGUAGUAACCCAUUUACAGCACAGUUCACAAGCGAGAGAUGCAAGUGUAACAAUGCAAGGCAGAGCCUCUAAUUACUGCAAGAGGUUAGUCAGUUACAAGGUUCUAUUAUUCCUUCAUUUGCUUCCGGACACAGUUACAGCAAAAAGUAAGCUGUCACUUCAGUUGCAGGAUGACAAGAUCUCGAUUUCCCAGCUUCAAGACAAAGUGAAUACCCUCUCAUCCACUCGAAGCAUUCAAAGUUAGAUCAGGCGAAAAUCUCACCUCAUUUCAGCAAGGAGUUGGUAAUGGGACUCACUACAAAGUCCUUGAUUUUACCAGGUCUGGAUGCCAUGCAGAGUCUUUUGCUUCCGGUAGAGAUGACAUCAUAGACAAGGUCGCUUCUUUUCUAAGUGAUAGAUUCCAAGGUUUAGGCAAUGAUCCAAUUCUUCGUGCUGCAGCAACUUUAACCGACCACCACCCAUGGCCAAUAAAUAAUCAACAGCUGAUGCUUAUUUACGGUGAGGAUGCCCUUCAGAUUUUGUCAGAGCACUUUGAGGCCCUACUAAACCAAAACCACUUCAACUUGCAGUCCUGCCUUGAUGAAUGGAUGGAGGUCAAAGUUCAUUUGCAGAGAGAGGGGAGAGAGGAGAGCUGGAGUACAAAAACAAUGACUUCUAGAGGAGCAAGUUUCCCGUGCAAGAACGUUACCCCAACUUAUUCCUGAUGACCGAGCUCUGCCUUGUGAUACCUGUCCAAACUGCCUGUAGCGAAAGAGGCAACCCCUGUCUGAACAGAGUUAUGUGCGACUUUAGGUCAACACUUGACGUUACGACUGUUGAUGCACUAAUGAGAAUCUCUUUAAAUGGUGGAUCGCCAGCAAAUUUUCACUCUUCUUUGCUGGUUGCCAGAUGGCUUGACUCUGGGGAGAGGGCUAAGUGGUCAACUUUCAUGAAUUAA